AAAUGCAGCAUACUCAUCUUUCAGAUAUAUGUCUAAAUUUAAAACUAUGUAUACCUCAUAACAAAUUAGCCUCCAAAAUAUAGUUCUUUCGGCCACAUCCCGUUCAAAUUAGUCAGCAUGAGGGCCCUUCUAGGCGCCGAAAGCCUCCUAAGUAUCUGCAAGUACCGGGUACGAUGGUACAGCAAGGGCAAGUCACAUCUGCCUCCAAAGGAGCUCUACGAUAUGGCAAUGAAGGCCAUCGAAAGCCGCCAACAUACGAUUUCAGCACGUUUAAGACAGUUUGGAAAGAAGGCAUCAGAAACCCCCACAUUGGAAAUUAUUUGUCGUGCAUUAGCGUCGUCAAGCACUGCAGGCACAUCGAAUAACUCAGAUUCCAAGGAUCAGGCACCUUCCACUUUCAACAGCCAGACAUUAAAGCCCGAUUGUGAUACCCUUACCAUGAAACCUGAAAGCCAACCAAACCUUCCUCAACUUGAUUUCGCAACGCUGGAAAUAUUUAACUGUAAGAAAUGUUAUGAAAAUACUUCUUCAAAAACCCAAGCCCUUUCAGGUCUUAUGAUAGUAAACUGCAAGAACUGCCAUGAAGAUAACACAAAGCAAUCUACAAAGUGUUCAAUGGGAAAAGCAAUACCACCACAACAGGGAAACAGUACAAAGGAACCAACCAGCGUUUUAAAGAAAGAUUUAAAAACUCCUUCAAAGGAGGAGGCUAGCAAAGCUCCACCAUCAAAACAAGAUAUAAAAGCAGAAGGCUCAGCUAAACCUCAAGAAUCCGCCGACAGAUUUUCCAUGCCGCAAAAGUCUGCUUUUCCGCAAGGAAGAAAUCCCUGUGAAGACGGAAUGUCGCAAUGUAAGCAACCCAAAAAACCUUCCUGUGACUCUGCAGUUUCGUGUAAGGGUCCACAAUCUGACCCUGUAAGAACUGCACCUCAGGAGGAACAUUCGGUUAAAGGUAAAAUUCCUGAUUCUACACCUAGUGGGAAAUCUCCGGAUGUAUCAAAUUCUCAAAUUAAUACAACCGCUUCCGUUGAGUUAAAAGCUCCGGGUAAAAGUAAUGCUUCUGUAAAUGCCAUAGCUCAAGCAAAGCCACAAGUCAAAAACAUCCCUCAAAAUAUACCAAAAUCAGAUCCAAGUGAAGGAAGUAAGGAUGGAGAAAAAGGUGCGGAGAAAUCUAAGUGUCCAACACCAAAGCCUAAAAAAUGCCAGGCAGCCAAAAAAGAACCCAAACCUGAACUCAUCAAGAAACCAGAAAAAUGCAAGGAAAAGGAAAAACCAAAAGCGGUGGCCCAAUGUAAACAAGAAAAAAAAGAAGACCCCUGUCCAGAGGCUAAAAAAUGUCUGAUUAAAGGGGCAGUUUCUGAUCCAAGUAGCUCUUCGCAAUCCAAGCCUAAGUCAUUGGAACAGGUAGCACCAAAAGCAAAACCCUCACAGGAAAAGUCAUCCAUACAGGAUAGUAUCAAUCAGAAGCAAAGACAGGAUAAGCCGACCAGUCGUCCAGUUAAAGCCACAAGUCAACAAUCUAAAGAAGGAAAGCUACCUCCACCACCAUCAUCUAGUUUUUCCAUGCCACUCUUCUCGGCUUUUCCAAUGGGAAGGAAUCCCUGCAGGGAUGGCCCUAGAGGAGCAGCCGAAGAGGCCUGUCCCGAACCAAAAGAUGAUCCCUGCUCCAAACCCAAAAUCAAUCCCUGUACGUCAGAAGAAAGUUCCUGUUCUUCAGGGAAUAAAGCCUCGGGUGGCUCUAGCUGUUCCAGUGAGGCUUCAGGUAAAAAGGAGUCAAGUGCCUUUAAGAAACAUUCCCAAAAAGAUAAGACUUCAGUGUCCCCUAAAGAAAUCAAGACCACAUCUAGUGAGCCUGCUGCUUCACAGUCUCCACCUUCAGCGUCAACCAGAGAAAUCCUAGAGCCGGAGGGUCCUUUCAAGGAAAAGGUAAACACUUCUUCCAAAGAUCCAAUUCCCCCAGCUGCAAAGUCACCUUCACCUACUUCGCCACCACCGCCUGCUAAAGAGCUCAAAGAGUCAGUUGCAAAGGCACCUUCACCUUCAGAAAUCAAAGGUGAUUCGGGUCCUCCAGAGGAUAAGGCAAAGACUCCUUCCCAAGCGCCUCCACCAAAGCCUCAAGAGGCCAAAGACAAAAUAUCAAAUGAUAAUGGCCAUCUUAAAAAACCAUGCGUUUCACUAGAUGGUGACGAAAGUAAGCUAAAUAGCGACAUCAGCAAAGACCAAAUAUCAUUUGAUGAUUGCAAAGUUAAAAAACCAUGCGUUUCACUAGAUGGUGACGCAGGUAAGAAAAAUAGCGACUCCAGCGAGGAGAAACCGCAACCCGAGCUGAAAAAGUUUCCCGUUCAACCACUGAAACAAACUCUCGCCAGUUAUCUCAUCAGUAUCGAACCUCUUCUCACUGAAGAGGAACUGAAAAAGGAACAAAAACUUACCAGGAAGUUCGCGGAUUGCGAAGGCCAGGAUCUCCAGAAGCUGCUCGAGGAAGAGGCCGAGCAUUGCGCCAACUGGCUGACUCCGCGGUGGACACGAGCCGCCUAUUUGGGCUACCAGGCACCGCUGACCGUCUUCUCUAGUCCGGGAUUAUCCUUUCCCAUUCAAGAGUUCCCGGAACCCACCGAUUUUCUCAACUUCACUGCAAAAGCAAUUUACGGUGCCUGCGAGUUCAAGCAGCUGGUGGACCAAAAUAAAAUACCCGUGGUGCAAAUGGGCAAAUAUUCCCUGGACAACAGCCAGUUCUCAAAAAUCUUUGGUACAGUUCGCAGGCCAGGCCGAUUUUGCGAUACCCUCGAACAAUGCAGUGAUGCCGACUACGUCGUGGUGGUUCACAAGAACAACUACUUCAAGUUGCCCAUCUAUUGCGAAAGCGGAGAGUUGUUGCAUGUCCACAGUUUGAGGGAUGCGCUGCAGGAGAUCAUCGACUGUCCCAUUUGCAGAGGCGAACCCUAUGGCCUGCUCACCCACGACAAUAGAGGCAACUGGGCGGAGGCCUAUGCGGCACUGCGCUGUCCACAUGGCAACGCCGCUUCAGUGGACACCAUUGAGCAAUCCCUAUUCCUGGUCUGCCUGGACGAAUGCGUGCCCAUUGGCAAGGGAGAGGAUAGCAUUGUGCAGGCCCACCAACUCCUCCACGGCGGUGGACUGCGCCAGAAUAGCGGCAACCGAUGGAUGGAUAAGACCAUCCAGCUCAUAGUCAAUCCAAAUGGAUUGGCUGGAUUCUGCUACGAACAUUCCCCAGCCGACUGCCAACCAUUGGCCAUGCUAAUGGACUUUGUGCACGAGAAAGUGAAAGAAGAGAACUAUGGUUGCGAUGGCUGUGAUUCGCAAAAGGAGGUUACGUCCACCCUCCUAAAAUUUCAACCCAUGAACGAGUGCAUCAACCUGUGGAUGUGUCAGGCAAUGCGGAAUAUCCACAAGAUCGUCAGCCAGCUGCAGAUGAAUGUGUUCCAGUUCGAGUGCCAUGGCAAGUGCUUCAUCAAGGCGCAGGGUCUAAACGUGGACAGCUACAUACAGAUGGCUCUUAGUCUGGCCUUCUACUCCCUCCACAAGAAAAUUGCCGCGCAGUACGAGUCCGCUCACCUAAGGAUUUUCUACGAGGGACGCACCGAGGCCAUACGAUCCACCUCCAACGAAUCGAAGGCCUUCGUCCUGGCCAUGCAAUCGGAGACGGCCACGAGGAACGAGAAGUUGGCGACCCUCCACAAGGCUGUGGAUGCCCACGAGAAGUUGACCAAGGAGGCCAUCAAAGGACAGGGCAUCGAUCGCCACCUCUUUGGACUGCAACAAAUGGCCUUGGAGAACGGCCUUCCACUGCCCGACUUCUUUCAGUCGACGGGUUUUGUGCGAUCCGUUACCUUUCAGCUCUUCACCUCACAAGUGGCCACAUCCAGCGGGGGCUUCAUGGCCUACGGACCUCUGUUGUCCGACGGAUACGGGUGCUGCUACAAUCCACAAGAAGAUAAGAUAAUCUUCGCCAUUUCCGCCUGGAAAACUUGCCCACAAAUAAGCCCCUUUAAGUAUGGUAAAGCCAUUAACAAGUCUCUGAACGCCAUGAGAAGACUGAUCCUGGAAACAGGCGGCGAUCGUGUGGGCGAGCAUCCAUGCAAGUGUGAGGAAAUCCGGCUCUAGAAGGGGAUCUCUUUAACAUAGAGAUUUGCUUGACUACCCUCUUGUACUCCGUUUCAUAAUAAAGCGAAUAUACAUUGUAA